AUGGAGCCUCCGCAGGGCCCGAGGAGGAGAGCAGGGUCUCUGGACAGGACACGGGACCCCAGGAGGGACUCGGACACGUGGGACUGCCGGUGCCUCUCCCUGCCUGCCACCCCCUCCAAGAGGGCACUUCGCCGGACGGCCAGCGAAGGGGCCAGACGCCCCGAGAGCCCAGCCCCGGCUGCGGAGGCUCAGGGCGCCACAGCUACAGCCCUCAGCCCGGAGGAGAGCAAGGAGUUCCUCCCCAGAGAGCAGAGGUCUCCGCAGGACUCCAAGAAGGACAAGGCCCAGAGGUGGGCCCCGCAGGGGUGGCUGAAGACCCUGCUGAACAUCUUCCUGAGGACAGGCCUCGAGGAGCCCAAAGAAAAGGCCAGCAGGAGGGCGAAGGGGAAGGAUGGCCCCCCGCAGCCCGCGGAAACCCCUGAAGCACCCGGGGAGCUGGCUUCCAGGAAGAAAGCCCACGACAGGAAGGCCAGCCGCAAGAAACACGGUCACAAGAAACGCUCUGCCGAGGAAGCCAGGGGCCCCCCAGAGCAGGAGGUGGGAGGCUGGGAGGCAGGACUGCCCGCGAUGGCUGCUGCCGUGUGGCCCGAGGAGGCUGACCUGGGCUCAGCUCGUGGGGGUGAGCAGACCGUGCCCGUUUCUAUAGUAAUCCCACCACUCCACUCCCAAGGGCUAGGGUGCUAUAAGCUGGCUCUUGAGACCUCUCAACAGAGGGGACUUGGCGGGUCUCUGAUGCUCUGGUUGAGGCUAGAGCUGGCUGCAGCAGUGCCAGUCCUGCUGUGGCUCAGGCGCUGUUUUAUUGUGUCGAUUAACAAGGUCAGAAGAAUGGCACUGACACCCACACACCCACACACAUUUGCUUUCAUCUUUGUUCCAGGUGGGGUGGAAUCUGAUCUCCACUGGUCCUUGUGCAUCGAAGGCGAGGGUGCUGGAGUCUCCGAGGUUUCUUCCCAGGACGCAGGUCGCCAGCGGGAAGAGGAUCUCGCACAGCCUGACCAGGAUGCUUGCAUCCAGAUGAUAGUGGAAUUUCUCAAGAAAGUGGGAGACCAGUGGGAAGAAGAGCAACUUCAAGGCCCUAAGCUAGAGGCGGCUCCACAAAAUCCAUCACCGGCCCUCAGGAGGAAAUCUCAAAGGAAGAAGUCUGGUCUCAAGAGAGCCUUUUCUCUUAAGAAGCACGGCUCCGAGGAGGCCAAGAGAGCCGGGGCUGCAGACUUUUUCAGUGCAGAGUCCCGGAUGCCCAGGAGGCCCAACUUUCUGCCCCUGUGUGUUGGGGGCCAACGGCCCUCCACCUCCGGCAGCUUUGGCAUGGAAGAACCUGAAGUUCAAGAGGCCUUGUCUACAGAUGUCGGCGGUCCAAGUCCCUUCGAGCUUUCCAUGCCCGCAGGAAGCUGGAGACCGGAAGGGGACUCGCAGGUGGACGGAGACACAGAAUCCCGAGAAUUCACCCAGAAGAUCACUGCCCUACUCCAAGACCCGGAGGAGCAGGAGGGAGAGAAGCAACUUCAAGUCCAGCAGCCAGAGGUGGCUGUAGAAAACCUGGGCCUAGCCUGCAGAAAGAAAUCCCAAGAGAAAAAGUCCAACUUCAGAAGAGCCUUUUCUCAGAAGAAAUAUGGCUUCAAGGAGCCCAAGAGAGCAGGGGCUGCACAUGCUGCCAGCCCGGAGUCCCGGCCGCCCAAGAGGCCCAGCUUUCUGCCCCUGUGUGUUGGGGGCCAACGGCCCUCCAGCUCCAGCAGCCUCGAUUUGGAGGACCUCGAGUUCCAGGAGUCCUCGCCUGCAGAAGGGGGUCCAGCUCGGUCCUCAGAAGCACCCUCCCAGGCCAGAAGCCACAAGCCAGAAGGGGGACCGCAGCCGGAUGGAGCGUCUGAAUCUAAGGAGCUGAUCGUCCAGAAGCUGGUGGCCCUUCUCCAGGAAGCUGGUGGCCAGUUGGGGGAGGAGGUGAGGACUGCUUGGUCUCCCCAAGGUCAACCCUGGGGGGGCCUCAUCAACCCAAUCGGGCGACACCCCAGCUUGAAGAGGUAUUCUUGCAAGCUCUCAGACUCCUCCCUUAGAAAGCUGGCGGCUGCCCUGGGCAGCCGGGAGGCCCAGUCCACUGCGCCCCACAGGAACCUGGCCGAGGGAUCCUACCAGUUUGCCUUUGGCUUGGCUAACACAUUUGCUGGCAACAACAGCCACACCGUCCUCAGCCUCAGGGGCCUACACUUCAGCUGCCACAGUUACACCCACUUCCCACAUGGGGAGGCCCCGCAGGUGAGAAAGGGCAGUAUGGCACAAGUGACAACAGGCUUGUGGGCAUGACAGGACCUCCUUCCUGUCCUCUCCCCUCCCCUCCUUAGUUCAGGAGUUGGGAUCCAGCUCAGACACCACCUCCUUGCUGAGGCCUUCUGAGAUGAUUCUACACCACAGGGACCUUUUCUUUUCCAAAACCCUCAUGGGCUCUACUCACUAAUCAGCAUCUUCUUCGUUUGGCUCUGGUCUCUAGCUGUAUGUGCAUUUUCAUACUGUUGAUAGCAGUGUGGAACAUGGACUGGCCACUAUCCUAGCUUGCC